AUGACGAGUCUCAUGUCCAAGCGAAGCGUCUUUACGACGGUGACCCCGUUGCCCCCGUAUAUUUCCCGCGAAACCGUGAUCGAAACCCUGCACCAGCAUGCCGAGAUGAUCGAGCUGAAUCCCCUGGUCAUCAAGCACGAACGAUGCAAACCGAUGGCCACGGCGCCCGCUGACGAAUUUCACUGUAUUUGGUAUGAGCUGACCGAUAAGAUCCACUAUCUACCCGGCGGCAUCAUCUGCGGCAACAUCUCGUAUAAGGCCUGCUUUCACGACCUGCCUCGAGGCCUCCAGACUCAUGUGUAUGCGCCUACGGGGCUGGAUAUCAAAGAAAAAUGGACCGUUGGCGGAAAUAUGCCCGGCGAACCAAGAGAGCCCGUCGAGUUGGGCCUCACUGACGCACCCCGGGAGGGCUUGUACCUUCGCGAAGACGUUGACAUGCGAUGCAACAUCCUGUCCACGAAUUUCGUCAAGAAGACGCUGAAAAAAGCCCACUCCGUCCUCAUCGACCGCUUAAUCCUUAAAGCGGAUAUUCUGCGGCAAAGAUCCGAUCAAUACAGCCCAUACCUACACAGCUCGAUUACAGCAGGCUCAGCGUACGCACCUACAGACACAGAUUCAUACCGCAGCAGCGUGCAAUCACCCACCUCGAUCGUUUUCCCCCCGGGCACUCCAGAUAUGAAUUCUCAAGCGCCGCACUCCUUUAUGCCCCAAAACGAGCUACAUUUCCAGCCCAAUACCUUAAACCUCAGCCACGCAAGUCGCCUCUCAAAUGCCAAAAGCGUCAUCAUUUCUGAAAUAGACGGUACACCGAUUACAAGGCCUGAAAUCAGAGUAGAGCAAGCGGAGAGCAAUCAAAAAAAGGGAGAGUCAGCUGCUGUUCCGAAGAAUGACAAGGCUCCCGAACAGACAUCGUGA